AUGUCGCCCACUUCUACAUCCACAGGCGUCGCCCUUGUCACCGGUGCUGCUCAAGGGAUUGGCAAAUCUAUCGCACUGCGCCUGGCUUCCGACGGCUUUGAUGUAGCCCUGAACGACAUUCCGAGCAAGAAGGACGAGCUGGAGGCAGUUAUGGCCGAAGUUUUGAAAACCAGACACGGAAUUCGUGCGUCUGUUGUCGUUGGAGAUGUUUCUUCGGAGGAGUCGGUCUCCGAGAUGGUCCAAAGUGUGGUUGCGGCGCUUGGGGGACUGGAUGUUAUGGUCGCUAAUGCUGGGAUUUGCAAGGCACGGGCGUCGUUUUUGGAUGUCUCCGCUGCUGAAUGGGACCACACCUUCUCAAUCAACACCCGGGGGACUUUCCUCUGCUACAAGUAUGCCGCGAAGCAGAUGAUUUCCCAAGGACGCGGUGGUCGCAUCAUCGGUGCCUGCUCCGGGGCGGGAAAGCAGGGCUACAUCGCUUUGCCUGACUACUCGUCGUCCAAGUUCGCGAUCCGGGGCCUGACGCAGGCUGUCGCGCAAGAACUCGGUAAACAUGGGAUAACAGUCAAUGCCUAUGCGCCUGGUGCCGUUAUCACGCCUAUGACGCAACAAUUUCCCGAGAUGGCUGGCGUGCCUGCGGACGACUUCUUCGCUGCCCAAGCCAAAAUGAACGCAACGGGUGUUAAUGUUACACCGGGGGAUAUCGCAAGCCUCGUUUCGUUCUUCGCAUCCAAAGAGUCUGGUUUCAUGACAGGCCAAACCCUUAGUGCCGAUGGCGGUCGUUACUUCGAUUGA